AGCGUCGCCAUUGACUCGUCGCCUGGCCCUUCUCCAGUCUCGCCCCUUGCUCCCAGCUCACGGCCCUCGUGGCUGCUCUCCCCCGGCGACGUAUCACUUGCCGUCGCCGCGUCGCCGCCCUCUUCAACCCACCCCAUUCCCUUGCCUCACCGCACAAAUGUUGGUCCGUUGAGGUGCACGCAGAAGCGGCGGCUUUGUCAUCUCGCCAUCUGUUUGUUUUUCCCUUCGGCGCGGCCCUUCUUUCGCUCACGAUACCCGUUUUGCUGCGCGACUUGUGUGUGUUUCUUUUUUUUCCCUUUGAGCUAUAUACCCUGUACAAUAACAACAAAUCCUUCCCACGCCAUGGAGAGCCGUUUUCUCUCUCAGCAGCGCUCGGCAGCCAUCGAUGCUGCCCGCAACAUCUCCCGCGCCUGUGGCGGCGAAAUGGCCCAGACAUCCGCCAGCUCCUCUCUUCUCAAGCCAAGUGCACAGUUGACCAUGGACCGCUUUCUACAGGACUUGCCCAACGCCGACCAGCCGCCUGUCGACUUUUCGCCCCAGUACCACACGGGCCGCGUUCCAAACAGCAAAGCCGGCGAUGGCAAGCCACGGCUGCUGCUCAUGGGACAGCGAAGGAGCGGAAAGUCUUCGAUAUCCAGUGUCGUCUUUCACAAACUACCGCCAAGCGAGACCUUGUACCUAGAGACUACCUACCGCAUCAAGAAGGAGUCGAUGCACUCAUUCAUGGACUUCCAAGUGUGGGAUCUUCCAGGCCAUCUCGACUACUUUGACCCAGCUUUCGACACCGACAACAUUUUCGAGGAAAUCGGAGCCCUGAUAUGGGUUAUUGACGCACAGGACGAGUAUCUCGAUGCCAUUGCCCGGCUCAACAUGACGAUUCUCAACCUGCAGCAGUCGUAUCCCAACAUCAACGUCGAGGUCUUCGUCCACAAAGUCGACGGACUGUCAGACGACUUCCGCGGUGACACCUUCCGCGACAUCAUCCAACGAGUACAGGAUGAACUCUCUGACCACGGCUACGAGCAAGCGCCCAUAUCCUUCUACCAGACGUCCAUCUACGAUCAGUCCAUCUUCGAGGCUUUUAGCAAAGUCAUCCAGAAACUCAUUCCACAGCUGCCCACACUCGAAGCCCUGCUGAACAACCUGUGUGGAGCCUGCAAUAUCGAAAAAGCCUAUCUCUUCGACAUUAUGAGCAAGAUUUACAUUGCAACUGAUACGAGUCCAACCGAUAUUGGCAGUUACGAGAUUUGCUCCGACUACAUCGAUGUGGUUAUUGAUGUUAGUGAGAUUUACGGCUGGGACCGGCCAGAUGAUGGAGAUAAUGAAAGCGAGAUGGGCAACAAUGACGCCGAGAGUUUGAUCACCAUGGAGAAAAAGAACAGCAGGUAUCUGUACUUGCGGGAGAUCAACAAGUACCUGGCACUGGUGUGUAUAAUGGGUCAGGACAAUCCAGCGGAGAAGAAGGCUCUCAUCGACUACAAUGUCGGUGUCUUCCAGGCAGGUCUGAAACAAGUCUUCCCCAAGAGCGACAGAGAGGCCCAAGUUGAGAUCCGUAACAUUCACGAUAUCUCUGAGCAUUGAUUACAAAGUUGCUGCUUGGAGAUGGAGAGAGCAUUACGGUCGCUGUAUAUAUUUGGUGUGAUCGAUUCCUGCCGCAAUCAGCAUUGGCAUGACCGGAUAAAAACAUUUGUAUAAUAAAAAAAAAGUAGU